GUGUUCCCGUAUACAUCCCGGCCUUCAGCAUUCCUCGCGCAUGGAUUCCGUACACGCUCGAUAACGUAGAUUAUUUAAAAUUAUACGAGACUCAAGGAUCGACUUCGAAUUCGAUCAAAGACUUCAUCAGGACGAGGACAAGGUGGAAGGACGUGUUGGCUGAUACAACGAUCGCGGCAAUGAUCAGGAAACCUGGAUGACCAGGAGAGGAAGCGACGAAGCUGUAUUGCGCCCUGUUUCUUGGCAGUUGCGCGCGAACCAUCGAGCGGAGCGGAGCGUUUUCGUUGCCGAUAGUAAUCCUGUUUUCCGAUCGAUGUUCGAUGAUAUAAAGUGACGUGGAAUAGAAGACCAAAUAGCCACGAGUUCGAGAGAUAUCUAUUGUGCUCACGCAUGAUAUGACUCAGUCUCGUGAGGUUCUAGCGAUGAUGGACGCACAUACAACUACAUUCGGGCGCAAAAAAGGUUGCGCGAUUUCCCGAUGUAACGCCUUCCUCCUGGGCGCAUUUUUUCUAAUCAGCUUGGUCGUCACUGGUUUGUUGGUGUACCACUUUGCACCUUGUCUCGAGGAAAAACAUGUUCAGCCAUGUACGGACUCUGCUGGCGAUUCGCUCUUGUCGACAGGAAGGAGUUUUUCGAUGACAUCAACAAAGAAGAAAAUAGAUGUCAGAUUACCAAAGGCUAUCGUGCCUGAUAUGUACGAAUUAUGGCUGAUACCUUUUAUAUGGGAGGGCAAUUUCACCUUCCACGGCGAGGUGAAAAUUUUAAUAAACGUGACACAAGAUACGAAUAAUGUUACGUUGCAUGCUGUCGAUAUGAACAUUGAUGAGAAUUUUACGACUGUCAGAGAGUACUCGAUUAAGAGCAACAAAACCAAGCUAAUAGGGAUCGCGGAGCAGAAAAACGACACCGACAGGCAAUUUCACGUGAUUAGAACAUCGAACACGUUGAAGAAAGGCAAGCAAUAUGUUGUGCAUCUCAAGUUUAUUGGCCAUCUGAACGACUAUCUGCAGGGUUUCUACAGGAGUUCGUAUACGGUCGGCAAUCAGACGAGAUGGAUUGCUACGACUCAGUUUCAACCAACGGAUGCGCGCCGUGCUUUCCCGUGUUUCGAUGAACCGGCUUUGAAAGCCAAGUUCCAAAUCAACAUAGCGCGUCCUAAAAACAUGACAUCUAUUUCAAAUAUGCCCCGAAAAGGAGAACCGAUACCAAUGUCCGGUUUAGACUCGUACGUAUGGGAUUGUUACGAUCGUUCGGUACCGAUGUCUACGUACUUGGUGGCCUUCAUAGUUUCUGAUUUUGAUGCAAAGACAUCGGAAGAUGGUAACUUUAGAGUUUGGGCACGCCACGAUGCUAUUAAUCAAUCACAAUAUAGCUUGAAUAUUGGACCGAAAAUACUUAAAUUUUACGAGGACUACUUCAAGAUCAAAUUUCCUUUGCCGAAGAUGGAUAUGGUCGCGUUGCCUGACUUCUCCGCCGGUGCCAUGGAGAACUGGGGAUUGAUAACAUAUAGAGAGACAGCGAUGUUGUAUCAAGAAGGCAUCUCAACCAGUGGUAGCAAGCAACGGGUAGCCGUCGUGGUAUCUCAUGAGCUCGCGCAUCAGUGGUUUGGAAAUUUAGUGACUCCAAGUUGGUGGACGGAUCUUUGGUUGAAUGAGGGUUUCGCCAGUUAUAUGGAGUACAUUGGCAUGGACGCGGUUGAACCAACGUGGAAAGCUCUUGAACAAUUUGUUGUUCACGAUCUUCAAAAUGUUUUCGGUUUAGACGCUUUGGAAUCUUCUCAUCCUAUAUCCAUUGAAGUCGGUCAUCCAGAUGAAAUCAGUGAAAUCUUCGACAAGAUUUCUUAUGGAAAAGGUGCUUCCAUAAUAAGAAUGAUGGAUCAUUUCCUCACGACAGAAGUUUUCAAGAAAGGUCUAAGUAAUUAUUUAAAUGGAAAAGCCUAUCAAAGUGCCGAACAAAAUGAUUUAUGGUCCGCUUUGACCAAACAAGCUUACAAAGACAAAGUACUUGACUCAAGUGUAUCCGUUAAAGAAAUAAUGGAUACUUGGACUCUGCAAACUGGCUUUCCUUUAAUUACUGUCACACGAAACUACGACAACGGGAGUAUUACACUAACACAGGAACGCUUUCUGCUACGUAAUAGCGGCACGAGCGUCACAUCUGAAGCGGAACCAUUAUGGUGGGUACCUAUCACUUAUACGAGCGAAAAGCAAUUAAAUUUCAAUAACACUCAACCUACAAAAUGGAUGAAAGCGGAACGCUCGAUCAUCCUUAACGAUUUGAAUGUAAGCCCAUCUGAGUGGAUACUUUUCAACAUUCAAGAAACUGGGUACUAUAGAGUGACUUAUGAUAGAGCAAACUGGCAGAUGAUAAUUAAACAACUGAAUAAGGAAAAUUUUAAAGAUAUCUCGACGAUUAACCGAGCGCAGUUGAUUGAUGACGCUCUUAAUUUAGCUAGAGCUGGCAAACUCGACUACACUAUCGCUUUCGAUGUUACAUCUUAUUUAGCUCACGAAAUCGAGUACUUGCCUUGGAAUGCAGCUUUCAAUGCCAUGGAUUAUCUCAAUGAUAUGUUAAUUAAGACACAAGGUUAUGACAAAUUCAGGUUAUACAUAUUAAAAUUGCUCGACAAUGUGUAUAAGCAAGUUGGCUUCAUUGACAAAGUGGGAGAUCCUCAACUGACAGUCUUCACUCGAAUUGACGUUUUAAAUUGGGCAUGUAAUUUUAAUCAUGAGGAUUGCAUUAUGAAUGCCAUGCAACAAUUCAAGAAUUGGCGUAAUACUCCUAAUCCGGACAUUAACAAUCCGAUUUCGCCGAAUUUGAGACGCGUAGUUUAUUGUACAGCCAUUCGAGUGGGUGGACAAAGCGAAUGGGAAUUCGCUUGGCAGCGAUACCUAGCGACCAAUGUAGGAUCGGAGAAGGAUCUGCUUUUGCAAGCAUUAGCUUGUACAAGAGAGAUAUGGCUGUUGAAUCGAUAUUUGGAUUGGGCUGUGACGGAAAAUUCGGGAAUUAGAAAACAGGAUGCUACCCGAGUUUUCGGAUCAGUUGCCAACAACAUUGUCGGGCAACCGCUCACAUUUGAUUACUUCAGAAACAAAUGGACGCAUCUUAGGGAAUAUUUUGGAACAUCGUUAUCAACUGUUAAUACUAUCGUUAAGUCAGCGACAAGAGGAAUAAGUACAAGAUACGAAAUGAAAGAUUUGGUAGAGUUUGCAAAGGAGCACUUGGAUGAACUUGGUACUGCAACGCGAACCAUACAGCAAGCGGUAGAGCGAGCAGAAUCCAACAUAAGAUGGCUCGACAAUUAUCAUGCGACAAUUCGCGAUUGGUUACAGAGGAAUACCGCAUAA